AUGGCGGAGAUAAAAAUCGACAGCAAGCUCUUCCAGGAGCGCGUCUCCCACUUUGCGACGGCCUGGAAGAAUGACCUGCGGUCCAAGGAUGCCCUUUUCGCCGGGGCUUCCUCCAUCGUCAUCAUGAUGGGCAAGGUCGAGGAGGUCCCCGAGUUCCACAAGAACAACGCCAUGCACUUUUGGCUGCUCGGCUACGAGUUUCCCACGACGCUCAUGCUCUUUACUGUCGAUGCACUCUACAUUCUUACGACGCAAAAGAAAGCCAAACAUCUCGAACAGCUCAAGGGCGGCCGCUUUCCUAUCGAGGUCCUAGUCCGGGGCAAAGAUGCAGUCGAGAACGAGAAGCUCUUCGUCAAUAUUGCCGACAAGAUCAAGGCGGCAGGAGACAAAGUUGGCACAAUCACCAAAGACACCUCCAGGGGCCCUUUCGUCGAUGAGUGGAAAAAGGUCUUUGCCGAACACUGCAAGGACGUUCAAGAGGUCGACAUCUCCGCCGCCCUAUCUACGCAUGCGUUUUCCAUCAAGGACGAGAGCGAGCUUCGAGCGAUGCGGACCGCAUCAAAGGCCUGCGUCGCCUUGAUGACGCCCUAUUUCCUCGACGAAAUGUCCAACAUCCUGGAUGCCGAGAAGAAAGUGACACACUCGGCACUGGCCGAGAGAGUGGACAAGAAGCUCGACGACAACAAGUUUUGGCAGACGGUCCAACUUCCCAGCAAGGGCAAGCUGCCCACCGACUUUGAUGCCUCUCAACUCGACUGGAUCCUUGGGCCUGCCAUCCAGAGUGGCGGCAAAUACGACCUUCGGUUUGUCGGCGAUCCAAACAACGACAACCUGCACGCCGGAAUCAUCAUUGCCGCGCUGGGCCUUAGAUACAAGUCAUACUGCUCCACCAUCGCCCGCACGUACCUGGUGGACCCAAACAAGUCACAGGAGAGCAACUACAAGCUUCUGUACAUGAUUCACAACACCAUCCUCAAGGAGAUCCGAGAUGGAAUGGCGGCCAAGGACGUCUAUGCAAAGGCGCUGGGCAUCAUCAAGAGCAAGAAGCCGGAGAUGGAGAAGCACUUUCUCAAGAAUGUUGGCUGGGGCGUUGGCCUGGAGAACCGUGAUCCCACGCUCGUUCUCAAUGCCAAAAACUCGCGGACACUCAAGGACGGAAUGACGCUCAUUAUCCACACCGGCUUCCAUGACAUUGAGAACCCGCAGCCCCAAGAUAAGAACAGCAAGAGCUACUCUCUCGUCCUCACCGACACCGUCCGUGUCACGACUAGCGAGCCGGUUGUCUUCACAGCCGAGGCGCCCACCAGCGCCGACGCCAACUCAUUCUUCUUCAAAGACGACGAGGAAGCGGAGCCGGCCCCCAAAAAGGAGAAGAAGGAUUCUAGGGUUGGCGCUGUCGCCACCAAGAACAUUACAAACACCAGGCUUCGGUCAGAGCGGGCUACGCAGGUUGACGACGACUCCGAUAAGAAGCGGCGAGAGCACCAAAAAGAGCUUGCGACAAAGAAACAGAAGGAAGGCCUCGCCAGGUUUGCCGAGUCCACCAGCGGGCAGAACGGAGGUGAGGUCAAGAAGUUCAAGCGCUUCGAGUCGUACAAGCGCGAGGACCAGUUCCCCUUGAAGAUCAAGAACCUCGAGAUCGUAGUGGACACCAAGAACAACACUGUUGUUCUGCCCAUCAUGGGACGGCCUGUGCCGUUCCACAUCAACACCAUCAAGAAUGCCAGCAAGAGCGACGAAAAUGACUGUGCCUUCUUACGCAUAAACUUUCUCUCUCCCGGUCAGGGCGUCGGCAGAAAGGACGACCAACCGUUUGAGGAUGCGUCUGCUCAUUUCGUACGAAGUUUGACUUUCCGGUCGACGGAUGGCGAUCGGUAUAGCGAGAUUGCAACUCAAAUCUCGAAUAUGAAGCGUGACAUCUCCAAGAGAGAACAGGAGAAGAAGGACAUGGAGGAUGUGGUUGAGCAGGACAAGCUGAUGGAGAUUAGAAACCGUCGCCCGGCCGUUUUGGAUAAUGUCUACAUACGGCCGGCCAUGGAAGGCAAGCGAGUGCCCGGAAAAGUCGAAAUUCACCAGAACGGUAUUCGCUACCAGUCUCCGCUGAACGCCCAGCACCGCGUUGACGUGCUCUUCUCCAACGUUCGGCAUCUGUUCUUUCAGCCUUGCCAGCACGAGUUGAUUGUCAUCAUUCACAUCCACCUAAAAGACCCCAUCAUCGUGGGUAACAAGAAGAAGACAAAGGAUGUGCAGUUCUACCGUGAGGCCAUCGACAUACAGUUCGAUGAGACAGGCAACCGGAAGCGCAAGUAUCGGUACGGCGAUGAGGACGAGUUUGAGGCUGAGCAGGAGGAGCGACGCCGCCGAGCGGAGCUUGAUCGACUGUUCCAGGGAUUCGCGCAGAAGAUUGCCGAGGCUGGCCGCAAUGAGGGUAUCGAGGUGGACAUGCCCAUCCGAGACCUCGGGUUCCACGGUGUGCCGUUCCGCAGCAACGUCUUUGUCCAACCCACGACCGACUGUCUCAUUCAAGUGGUGGAGCCACCCUUCAUGGUGGUCACGAUUGAAGACGUCGAGCUGGCGCAUCUGGAACGCGUGCAGUUUGGUCUGAAAAACUUUGACUUGGUGUUUGUCUUCAAAGAUUUUUCUCGGGCGCCUUACCACAUCAACACCAUCCCGGUCGAAUUCCUGGACCAGGUCAAGGACUUUCUCGACUCGUCAGACAUUGCCUUUACCGAAGGUCCACUCAACCUCAACUGGGCCGCCAUCAUGAAGACCGUCACAGCCGACACGCACCAGUUCUUCGUGGACGGCGGGUGGGCCUUUUUGCAGCCCGAGUCCGACGAAUCCGGUGGCGAGCAGGAGUCGGACCAGGAGUCGGCGUUUGAGAUUGACGACGACGAGCUGGACGAGGCCAGCGAGUCGAGCGAAGAGGGCUCAGACUUUGGCAGCAACGCGAGCGACGACGACGACGACGACGACGCCGAGCUGGACAGCGAGGAAGAGGGCGAGGACUGGGAUGAGCUCGAGAAGAAGGCCAAGAAGCGGGAUCGGGAGGCCGGGCACGACGAGGAAGAGGACCAGGGCAGCAAGAAGAAGCGGAAGCGCUGA